GGCACGUCCCGAGGCGGAAGCAGCGCCCGGGAGGAAGCGGCUACACGGCUCAGCGAUGGCUGCUGGUGUUCCCUGCGCACUGGUCACUAGCUGCUCCGCCACCUUCAGCGGAGACCGGCUCGUUCAACAUAUCCUUGGAACAGAAGAUCUUAUUGUGGAAGCAACUGCCAGUGAUGCCGUGAGAUAUUAUCCCUGGACCAUUGAUAAUAAAUACUACUCGGCAGAUAUCAAUCUAUGUGUGGUACCAAACAAAUACCUCGUCACUGCAGAGAUUGCAGAAUCCGUCCAAGCAUUUGUGGUUUAUUUUGACAGCACACAAAAAUCUGGCCUUGAUAGUGUCUCCUCUUGGCUUCCACUAGCAGAAGCAUGGUUACCUGAGGUGAUGAUCUUGGUCUGUGACCGAGUGUCUGAAAGUGGUGUUAACCGACAAAAAGCUCAAGAAUGGUGUAUCAAACAUGGCUUUGAAUUAGUAGAACUUAGCCCAGAAGAGUUGCCUGAGGAGGAUGAUGACUUCCCAGAAUCUACAGGAGUAAAGCGAAUUGUGCAAGCCUUGAAUGCCAAUGUCUGGUCCAAUGUCGUGAUGAAGAAUGAUAGGAACCAAGGCUUUAACCUUCUCAGCUCAUUGACUGGAGCAAACCAUAGCAUUGGAUCAGCAGAGAACUGUCACUCAGAGCAGCCUUGUUUGCCAGCAGCAGAUAGGACUGAAUCCCUCCUGGACCAUCAGGGUGGUGCAUCUAAUACAGCAGACACUCAGGUUGAUAGUAUUGUGGACCCCAUGUUAGAUCUGGAUAUUCAAGAAUUAGCCAGUCUUACUACUGCUGGAGGAGAUUUGGAGAAUUUUGAAAGACUGUUUUCGAAGUUAAAAGAAAUGAAAGACAAAGCGGCGACACUUCCUCAUGAGCAAAGAAAAGUUCAUGCAGAAAAGGUGGCCAAAGCAUUCUGGAUGGCAAUUGGGGGAGACAGAGAUGAAAUUGAAGGCCUUUCAUCUGAUGAAGAACAUUAAUUUAUUCAUACUAGGAUUUGACUAACAGAUUCUAACUCACUCUUUAUGUGAGAUGCUAUUCACCUAGUUAUAUUUUGCUGAAAUUUCCAUUAUGUUGGAUGCCUGACUUAUUUAUAAAGUUCGCUUAAUUUUUUGUUGUUAGCAAGGAGAUUAAGGAGAAAUCGUUUUUCUCCAUAUAUUGUGAGGGAGUAAGGAAUAUAAAAGAUGAUACAGAGUGAGAAUUUUUCAAAUACACUUUUUGUUCUAGGAACAGGAGUCAAAUGAAGCUUAGAGGUCUGUGUGAUUUUCCCCAAAUUAGAGAAGGAAAAAACCACCAAGCCAUUCCUUGUCAGCCAUUUAAAUAGCAUUUCCUGCAUUCACACUUGGUUAAUACAGAUCAGGAGUUUGUGUCCCCGUUCUCGGUGUCCUGGAUUUUCUUCUAAGGAGCUUGUUGUUCUGUGUUCUGAUGUGCUUACUGAGAAGAAAGGGUCAGUUGUGGAUUUGGUUUGUGCUGCAGUGAGGGGGUAAAGGGAGGCCCAGUCAGUGGCCCUUUGUUAAUCUUAGCUAAAUAAAUGUUUUGCAACAUUGUAUUGAAAAUAGAGUGUUUGAGCUCCUGCUAGAAAGCAUUGAGAAGCCAGUGUGAAAUUUUAGACUGCAUUGUCAUGCAAAUGUUUCCUGUUUUGAUAGGAAUAAGACAAGUUGUGGGGUGUGUGUGUAAGAGGGAGAGAUCCUUAAGGAAUUCCCUCUGUGGGCCAUGGCAAAAAGCAGUAGGUCGUCAUAUACGGAUGUAGGUGGUUAAUAUUACCAUGAAGAGUCACUAGAAUCCCCUCCAGCUACUGGAGAUGUCACAACUAUGUUGUCAAGAUUUAUGCCCUCAGAAUGAAGCUUGUUUCCCCUCCCCUUUGCUCUGAAAGCCAACAGAGGUCACUGUUGAAAUAGUAAUACCAGGAGCAGGUGAGGUGAGAAAGAAUGUUGAACAUUAAGCAAUGAAUCCUUGAGUGACUCCAGAGUUGGUAGCUUCUCUGAGGCUGAGUGGGUCAGCUCCAGGGGAACUGAUCCCACCACAAGGGAAGUUUUCAAAGGAAGCAUGGAAAAUACAGCAAAUGAAAAUCCUUAUUUCUGUUUUUGUAGACACUUUGUAAUGCAUGUCAUUAACCUGCACUGUGACAAGUCAGGACCUUUGCUCUCCAUUGACUCAGGGCAGCGGGUUGACUGGACCGUCGUAGCAUGCAGACUGCUUCUGGCCUAGUGUGGGGUGGGAACCCUUUGGUUCCCCAGUGGAAAUGCAUUCUAGGCCCCGUUGUGCACCACCUUCUACACAUUGAAAAGCUGGCAGAGGAAUGGAAUGCGCCAGGUGCCUGCGCAGAGUCCCUCUGGGAGGGAAGGGGUCGGUGACUGGGGCAUUCAGGAAGUGCCAUUCAGGGCACACUGGAGGUUACCUUGAUUGAUGGUAUUUUUUCCCCUUCCUCCUUCCUUUUUAAUCUAUUCUAAAGGUCUUUAAGACUGUCAGCUUUUGAAAUUCCAUCAGUAUUUCUUUGAGGUGACAGUGUUCGCCAUUUGAUGAGGUUGCAAAGUGGAAGGUAGAACACAUUUUUCUUAAAAUAUGAAAGGUUUUAGAAAAAAUAUUAGGUCACAUAGAGAAAACAGACUAGAAAAGACUGAACUUGAUUGUGUGGAUUAAAAAGCAGAUCAUUAAAAUAUGAUUUAU